CCCACCCAUCCUCCCUCCCUCCCUCUCCGGCCGCCUUGGCCAAGGAAGAGGACUGGCUGGCUGAGGCGCUGUCGACGUUGCGGUCUCCGUCCCCGCGGCGGCCGCCUCCUCCUCGCCGACUCCCCCUUUCCCGAAGAGAGAACUCGGGGCAACCAUGGCGGGCGUCGGGCUGUGAGCGCAAGCGAAGGAAGGGGGGCGUUUGGGCUCUGCUCGCCAUGGCUGGGCGCCGGGGCGCUGGCGGGGGAGGAGGGGUGGCGGCGGCGGCGGCGGCAGCGGCGGGGGGCUCCCUGGGGGAAGCGCUGCCACUGUCGUCCUGCUGUGUCGGGGGAGCCGCGACGGAGCCGGCCCGCGAACUCUUCGAGGCCUGCCGGAACGGCGACGUGGAGCGCGUGAAGCGGCUGGUGCGGCCCGAGAACGUGAACAGCAGGGACACGGCCGGUCGGAAGUCCAGCCCCCUCCACUUCGCCGCAGGUUUUGGACGAAGGGAUGUGGUUGAAUAUUUGCUUCAGAGUGGUGCUAAUGUUCAUGCACGAGAUGAUGGCGGCCUUAUUCCACUUCACAAUGCUUGCUCUUUUGGUCACGCUGAGGUUGUCAAUCUUCUUUUGGGCCAUGGUGCAGAUCCUAAUGCCCGGGAUAAUUGGAAUUAUACUCCUCUUCACGAAGCUGCCAUUAAGGGAAAAAUUGAUGUUUGCAUAGUACUGCUGCAGCAUGGUGCUGAUCCAGUUAUUCGUAAUACAGAUGGAAGAACAGCACUGGACUUAGCAGACCCAUCAGCAAAAGCAGUACUUAUAGGUGAAUACAAGAAAGACGAACUCUUGGAAAGCGCCAGGAGUGGAAAUGAAGAAAAACUAAUGGCUCUUCUCACACCACUAAAUGUCAACUGCCAUGCAAGUGAUGGCAGAAAGUCUACUCCAUUACACUUAGCAGCUGGCUAUAACCGUGUAAAGAUUGUUCAGCUGCUAUUACAGCAUGGAGCAGAUGUACAUGCUAAGGAUAAGGGAGAUCUGGUGCCUCUUCAUAAUGCGUGUUCCUAUGGUCACUAUGAAGUAACAGAACUUCUGGUCAAGCACGGAGCAUGUGUAAAUGCAAUGGAUCUGUGGCAAUUUACUCCUCUGCAUGAAGCCGCUUCUAAGAACAGAGUGGAAGUGUGUUCCCUCUUGCUGAGCUAUGGUGCUGAUCCUACAUUGUUAAACUGCCAUAAUAAAAGUACCAUUGACUUGGCUCCCACACCCCAGUUAAAAGAACGGUUGGCAUAUGAAUUCAGAGGUCACUCGCUGCUGCAGGCUGCAAGGGAGUCUGAUGUAGCGCGUGUAAAAAAGCACCUCUCUCUUGAGAUCGUAAACUUCAAGCAUCCCCAAACUCAUGAAACUGCCUUGCACUGUGCUGCUGCGUCUACAUAUCCAAAAAGAAAACAAGUAUGCGAGCUGCUUCUAAGAAAAGGAGCCAAUGUCAAUGAAAAGGCAAAAGACUUCCUGACACCUCUCCAUGUGGCAUCAGAAAAAGGUCAUAAUGAUGUUCUUGAAAUAGCUGUGAAACAUGAAGCAAAGGUCAAUGCUUUGGAUAGUCUUGGCCAGACAUCCCUGCAUAGAGCAGCACACUGUGGUCAUCUGCAAACAUGCAGGCUGUUGUUGAGCUCUGGCUGUGAUCCAACAAUUGUUUCUCUGCAAGGCUUUACAGCCUCUCAAAUGGGAAAUGAGAGUGUUCAACAAUUAUUACAAGAAGGUGUCCCUUUAGGCAAUUCAGAAGCAGAUCGGCAGUUGUUGGAAGCUGCAAAGGCAGGAGAUGUGGACACAAUAAGAAAGCUAUGUACAGUGCAGAGUGUGAAUUGCCGGGAUAUUGAAGGGCGUCAGUCCACACCACUUCACUUUGCAGCAGGAUACAAUAGAGUGUCGGUGGUUGAAUAUCUACUGCAACAUGGUGCUGAUGUCCAUGCAAAAGACAAAGGAGGCCUUGUCCCACUGCAUAAUGCUUGUUCUUAUGGACACUAUGAAGUGGCUGAACUACUUGUUAAACAUGGUGCAGUUGUCAACGUAGCUGAUUUGUGGAAGUUCACUCCUUUACAUGAAGCUGCUGCAAAGGGGAAAUAUGAGAUUUGUAAGCUUCUGCUACAACAUGGAGCUGACCCCACAAAGAAAAACAGAGAUGGGAAUACUCCAUUAGAUCUUGUUAAGGAUGGUGAUACGGAUAUUCAGGAUCUCCUUAGAGGAGAUGCAGCUUUGCUAGAUGCUGCAAAGAAGGGCUGUCUGGCUCGGGUGAAGAAACUGUGUUCUCCUGAUAAUGUAAAUUGUCGUGAUACACAAGGCCGACACUCAACUCCUCUACACUUAGCAGCUGGUUACAAUAAUUUAGAGGUUGCAGAAUACCUGUUACAACAUGGAGCUGAUGUUAAUGCACAAGACAAAGGGGGGUUAAUUCCUCUACACAAUGCAGCAUCCUAUGGGCAUGUAGAUGUAGCAGCUUUACUUAUAAAGUAUAAUGCGUGUGUAAAUGCUACGGACAAAUGGGCUUUCACACCUUUGCAUGAAGCAGCCCAGAAAGGAAGGACACAGCUUUGUGCCUUAUUAUUGGCACAUGGAGCUGAUCCUACUCUGAAAAACCAGGAAGGACAAACGCCAUUAGACCUAGUCACCGCAGAUGAUGUUAGCGCAUUACUGACUGCUGCCAUGCCUCCUUCUGCCUUGCCAUCUUGUUACAAACCUCAGGUUAUAAAUGUAUCUCAAAACACGGGAUCUGCUGAUUCACUUUCUUCUGUUCCAUCCAGCCCAUCUAAUCUUUCAGCUGCCAGCAGUCUUGACAACUUGUCUGGUAGCUUUUCUGAACUUGCAGUUGUUAGUUCAAAUGGUGCUGAAGGGGCUACUGGUUUGGAGAAGAAAGAAGUUUCAGGUGUAGAUUUUAGCAUAAAUCAAUUUGUGAGAAACCUUGGGCUUGAGCAUUUGAUUGACAUAUUUGAAAGAGAGCAGAUAACGUUGGAUGUACUAGUUGAAAUGGGACACAAAGAAUUAAAGGAAAUUGGAAUUAAUGCUUAUGGACAUAGACACAAAAUAAUUAAAGGAGUUGAAAGACUGAUCUCAGGACAGCAAGGCCUUAAUACCUACCUGACUUUGAAUACGUCUGGUAGUGGAACAAUCCUCAUAGAUCUUUCUCCUGAUGACAAAGAGUUUCAAUCAGUAGAAGAAGAGAUGCAGAGUACAGUUCGAGAGCACAGAGAUGGUGGGCAUGCUGGUGGGGUUUUCAACAGAUACAACAUUUUAAAGAUACAAAAAGUGUGUAACAAAAAACUCUGGGAAAGGUACACUCACAGACGGAAAGAGGUUUCUGAAGAGAAUCAUAAUCAUGCUAAUGAAAGGAUGUUGUUUCAUGGUUCUCCUUUUGUCAAUGCAAUUAUUCAUAAAGGUUUUGAUGAGAGACAUGCUUAUAUAGGUGGAAUGUUUGGAGCUGGAAUUUAUUUUGCUGAAAAUUCUUCCAAAAGUAAUCAGUAUGUAUAUGGAAUUGGUGGUGGUACAGGUUGCCCAGUUCACAAAGACAGAUCUUGUUAUGUCUGUCAUAGGCAGUUGCUGUUUUGCCGUGUUACAUUGGGCAAGUCUUUUCUGCAGUUCAGUGCAAUGAAAAUGGCUCAUUCUCCUCCAGGACACCAUUCAGUUACUGGGCGGCCUAGUGUAAAUGGACUAGCUUUAGCAGAAUAUGUCAUUUACAGAGGAGAACAGGCCUAUCCAGAGUAUUUGAUUACUUACCAGAUUGUGAGGCCUGAAGCCACCACAGAAGCUUGAAAUUCCAAAUUGUUUGCAUAGAUGGAGAUCUAAUGAAGAAUAAACUGAAUGGCUGAAAAAUUGUAUGUCACCCCUACGAGCAUUGUGGUAGAAAAUUGGAAUAAAAUCAACAUUUUGACUUGGUAAAGCUUUAAUAAAUGUAUAAUAAGUUUUUUCUAAACAUUUCAGAAACUUCCUUUUUCUGCACUUUAACAGAUCUCAUUCCAGGUGAUACUGGGUUUGUCUGUACUAAAUUAUAAAACAAAUAUUAACUUGAACUGUGUUUUCUAUAUGCUGUUACAGUGAAAUCUAGCAAACUGUAUUGCUGUACAGGAACUCAUUUUACUAAUACUGUGUACUUUAAAACACUACAUUUACACAAGUACAAUUGCGUUUGUAAAACUGUAAAUAAGAGCUUUUCUACUAGCCUGGUAUUUAUUUACAUUGUUUUGUAAUAUACGUGUUUCAAAAUCACAACAUACAUGAAUCAAACAUUGCAUUAUUCGUUGCAUCUCACUGCAUGCAGUUUGGAGGACCCCAUGUAAUUCUUUUCAGUCAGGAGAGAAGUAUAUGCCUGAUUUUAGCUAAGUAGAAAAUUAUCCAAUUUUUGGAGGAAAAUAUGAUCCAGCAGCUGGUUGUUAAGUCAAACACAUUCCUCAGAAACCAGGCAGAACAUUCCAAUUCAUCAGAGGUUAAAUAUCUGUUUGAGAAGGUGAAUAAAAGUUUCCAUACUCACAGCCCAGCUAAACUUGGGCACACAUUGCAUACAAAGGCAAUAUAUUUUGUAUUAAGUAUUUAUGAAUACUGUAUCUCCCUGUUCCUUUUCAGCACUACAAAACUAAGCAUAAAGGGCUCUGAAAUCAAAAGUCAAACUUCCUCUUGCAAACAUCAAUCCUAAAUAGAAUUGCCUCUUUUUCUUCUCUUAGUUGGUUACACACGCACACGCGCGCACACACACAGAGCGAGAGAGAGCCUUCUGUAGGCUUUGAUCUUGCAAGUUGUCCUUCACAAUGUGGGUUCUGCACCUCUGCUGUAGUCCCCCCAAAAGGAUUUGAUAGCUCCGUAGAGCACUCUGUAGUUCUGCCCUUGGCGCACAGCACGCACUCUACAUCUCCGGUGGCAGAGCGCCCUUUGGCUUAGUUCCUUCUUGACCACCAUCAUGUGUGCCUUGCUUAGGACUUGCUCCCUGUUCAUGCUCAGUUCCUGGAAAGAAAUCAAAAGUUGUUUUUGUGGGAUUUCACAGACUUUGACCAUGGUUUGCUAAAGUUUACUCUAUAGCAAACGUUAUAGUCCUAGUGUUUCAGACUUUUUUCUCCUAAUUUUUGCUUGAUGGAUGCUAAGAAAACUUCCUGUGGUGGGAUGCUCCUGUCUUCUAGUAAAUAUAAUUGGUGCUCUGCUUAGGGGAAGACUACAUUUUCUGUUACAAAAUUUACCUAUCUUUCUCUAAACAAACCAGAAAGAGUUAAGAAAUUGUGUUUGAGGGCUGUGGUUUAUGAAAAAGCUUUGUGCCCUCCAACUUGGAUCCCACCAUCCCCAUUACUGUCGACAUUGACUUAGCCCAACCAGCAGCACUCAAAAUUGACGUCGGGAUCGAAGCAUUUUCCAGAUAGAGCCUCCCAUAUGGUAUGCGCUGUUUCACAGCACUCCAAGGAUGUUUUCAAGAAAUUGUAUGAUGUAUCAAGAGAUGGCCACCACAAGCACCGUAAGAAGCACAAACAUCAGGAAGAAGAUUCUCCAUUCUGUUCUGUAUCCAAACAUUGAAAGAUGUUGAUGUUCUCAGUGGCCCAGAUAUCAACAUCAUCAACCUCCUACGCUACCUAUCCUUCACUGGCAGCUUCAAGGGGCAAAUCACUAGUCCCACCGUCACUGCUCAACCACCGAUUCCAGCCUCGACAUCUAAAGAAUCAAUUCUGUUGGAAUGAGAAUGGACUCCUUCACCUUCAGUGGUUCAAGCUACAACUCCAGUGGCCUCUCAGUCAUUGUCAUCUUCUCUGGAGCUUCUUCAAAUCUCUCUUAGUCAGUCGUCGACAUUGAUUCCAGCAUCAACAUCGGCACCAGUGCUGACACUGAACAUUCUCUUACCUUCUACACUGACAGUUGUGAUGCCAAUUCUGAUUAUUCCUAUAUCGACCAUGGAGUCAGUUUUUGAACUUACUAUCAUGCUCGCUUCAGACUUUGGGAUUGAUUUUUCUCUCAAUGCCACCAGUAUAGAAGGAUUUCCCAUUCUACACUUACAUUACAUUGACUCCAUUGUAGGCUCUUCCCACACAACACCCUCUGGCUUUACUUUCAAGGGGUUUUCAUUACAUGGUCUUGAUACUGAAGAAGACAUAGGCUCUGGUGCACUGCCUAUUCCCAUUCCCAAGACACCUUCAGCUUCCUCAACAAGGGUAACUCCUUCUUCCUCUCCAUCCUACCAUCCAAACUAUCCAUGGAAAGAGGUAUCAUUUCUCAGGCCCCAGGUACUCCUCUUUCAGAAGACAAAUGGAUUACUGGAGUUCUCUGGGAGCUCUUGACCUGGUAAUAUCAGGAGGUUAGGGAGAUUCAGAAACCCUCGCCAUCCCUCCCUUAUGACUAUAACGAGUUCAGACUCUGGAAAUUAAGGAAACUCAAAUCUGCUUCCACUUCCCAAGAUAGGGCUCUGCUAAGGACCCAAGCAUGUCUUUCAAAAAGCCACCAAAUCCUCCACCUCCUCCACAACCUUCCCAAGAAAAGCCUAGAGAGAGCAUACACACUCUUUCUCCAGAUGUACAGAUCAUUCCUCCUCUGACCCCCAGAAUAAUCCCACAGCUCCUGGGAGAGAGAGAAAUUGUAUGAUGAAUACACUUCCACAUCUGAUUCAGAUGAUGCUACUGUUCUAUUCUUUUGAAGAGACAGUACCUAAUCAGCCUUCUGACUCUGACUGAGAACACAAAGUUCUACCGUAUUCAUGUGACAGAAAUGGCGAAGGUCCUUGGCUUGGAACUAAAAUCGCCAAUGCCAGAGGUUAAUGACCCGGUUUAUGACUACAUGUCUUAAGAAAUUCACAACCAGCUCUUCCUAUGCUACCAGUUUUAGUGAACUCUUCCCAAUCAGCAUGGGAUGCUCCUUCUUCAGUCUCAACCUCUAAAAGACUCAAGAAUUUCUAGAGUCCAAGAAGAGUGCUCUUUUCUUUUUAAGUAUCCUCCACCUAACUCUUUAUUGGUAGAUUGUGCCAUGGGAGGUAGAUCCGGGAGGAAACAUUCUGCUCCCAAAGAAAAGGAGGGUAGGAAAUUGGACUCAUUGAGUCAUAAGUUCUACUCAUCCUCCUGCCCGUCCAUUAGAAUAGCCAGUUACAUGGCCUGUAUGGCCAAAUAUCAUCAUUCUAUUUGGGAGAGUUUUAUCUCAGGGAAGCAACUAAAUCGCUUAAAUCCAAGUUUUAAGGAAAUUUUAAAUCUGCAGGUGUUACCCAGCAACACUUGAGUAUGGCCAAACACCUUACAGAAACUGAGUCCUGCACACUCACAGGUGCUAUAACGUUAUAUUGCCAUGCCUAGUUACAUUCCACUCCAAGCUGCUAUGAGGGACAAAAUGGAAAAUCUCCUGUUUGACGGUGAUGGCUUAUUCAGCUCCCAGACAGAUGACACCAUGGAAAAGAUGAUGUCUAAGUUUCAAGCAAAAACCUUCGUAUUUUCUUCUACCUCUCAAUCCUGCGCUCAGAAGUUAGAGGAAAUGUGGGAGACAAAAGUUUCAGUUCAGUACAAGACUGCAAGGACUAUAGAAGGUCCUCCCAGUUCAAUAAGAGAAGGCCCUAUACACAAAAGAACAACCACAACAGAAGUCCAAGCACCAAGACUAGUCAAAGCAGACCCCUUUUCUGUUCAUUCCUUCACACCCUUCCGAUAUUGGGCUAGUCCCUUUUUCUCCAGCCUGGCAUGGCAUUACAUCCGACGCCUGGGUGUUCUAUAUCAUCUCCGGAUAUGCAAUUGAAUUCACCACCACCACCCUAUUUGGGGGGACAAAACCCACGUUGUGAAUGAUCCCGGCUCACCUAAAUACCACCUGUUACAGGUAAGCAACCUGUUUUUAGGAACAAAGUAAGCUGUCCUAUACCAAGUUAAACCACUGGUCCAUCCAGCUCAAUAUUGUCUACACAGACUAGCAGUGGUUUCUCCAAGGUUAAAGGCAGAAGUCUCUCUCAGCCCUGUCUUGGAGGUGCCAGGGAGGGAACUUGGAACCUUCUGCAUAAAAGCAGGCAGAUGUUCUUCCCAGAGCACCUCAUCCCCCGAGAGGAAUAUCUUACAGUGCUCAUACAUGUAGUCUCCCAUUCAAAUGCAAACCAGGGCAGACCCUGCUUAGCAAAGGGGACAAUUCAUACUCCACUUAUUGUGGAUGGCGGCUGAGGUUUUUCCUCAAAAUCACUGGAGGCAAAAGGGUAUAAAAGGAAAUAACCACCUUCAGGGUAUUGAUUUCUUAACCAUUUUUAAUAGAUGUGUUGCUUAUUCAUUCAUUUCCAUGGAAGAUUGCCUGAUCAUUUUAAAGACUUUUAUGUAAAUAUAAACAAUUUAAAGAUUUCAUUGGUCCAAUCUUAAAUUAAACAUGUUAAAUGCAUCAUAUAGGAGUGUAACCCAUAAUGUAAUUAUGGAUUGUCACAUUAUAGAUUUUUACAAGAGAUUGCCAAGACUGCUUGAACUGUAUUAAGACUUGAGUCUUAAAUAAUUGUGAAGUCAAUGCAUGGGUAGUUAUGAAAUCAUGUGGAAAACCUGGUAAACAUCAUAUUAUGUGAUUGCUGCAAGCAGUACAGAAGAUGCAGUAAAUAAAGGGCAUAUUUAAUUUGUAUGGUACUUUCUCACUGCAUGUUUUUCACUCACUAGCUUAGCCAAUGCUGGAAUUGGUGUUCAUGAAAACUAUGAUUUGAGAUUUUAGUUUCAUUACUGAAAAUAUUUCAUUCUUUGUGAUGAUUAUUUAAUGUGAUGUAAAUUAUUGUGGUGCGGUAGCAUUUUAAAUGGUACCACUAGCUUGGUUAGAAUGUUGUUAAUUUUGCAUGACACAUCUUGCUUUUUCUGAAGGUGGGAAACCUAAUUAAUGGUUUUGAUUGUGUUGACUUGAGGUGGAUUCUAGCCUCCUGUGCAAUUAGUGCUUUAAUCAUCUUGAAGUGUCUUACUUGUAUUGUACUGCAUUCCAUACCAUUCAACCCUAAAUAAACUUCAUUCACAAUCUU